UUCUUAGUAAAAAUAGCUAUUGAUGCCGUCCCUAUCUCUGUAGCAUUCAUAAUCUGAAAAUUCAGAACAAAACCAAUAAAAUAUUUCAAUUUAAUUACCAUCCCAUAACUUUUCUAAAUAUAAAAAGAUAAGCUCAAGUCGUAAUAUAUAGUAGUUAUAAAACUCUAAAUAGAUUAAGCGUAAAUUUUCUUGCUAGCAAUAAUUGAUAAAGUCUAGAACCUUUUUAACUCCAAAAUAGCCAAAAGAUGAAGAUUCUCCUUAGAUACCAGAAAGUUAUUACUCUAAAACAAUUAUUCUUUCCCAGAAAUAAAUAGAUUCAAGUAAUUUAGAAGCAAUUAGGCAACCCUCAAUUACUUGUAUUACCCAAAUAAACUGUGAAAAUAAACUCACUGAUUCAGUCAGUUUAUAAAAUUCAAGAUCUAGUUAUACUUAAAAUUCACCUUAGUCGCCUUUUUUAAUAAGUAAUUUUAAAGCUUUCGAAAGUUUAGCAAGUGAUUCAAUUUAGGAAAGCUAAUCAAGAAAACAGGACAAUUUUAAUUUGCUACUUAGCACCAAUUCCCAAAAUAAUAAUGGGAUACUUGACAUACCUAUAAGUACCUCUCACAAAAAUAUUAAUAAAAUAGAUGAAAUAAUCUCAAAUAAAGCUUCUUAACUACUUUUGAUGAUUCCAAAUGAAAUUAAAGCAAACGAAGCAAUAAGUGAAAAUAAAAAAGCUAAAAAAUACUUUGAUUAACAAACAGAAAUUCACAGUUGUAAUUUAAAACCAGUCAUUCUAAAAACUCAAAGCUCUUCAAAUGGUUAAAAUGUCUUUUAAUUCACUAACGAGUAAGAUAUCAAUAAAUCUUAAAACCAGAAAAAAACAAAUUAAGACAAGCAAAAUGAUAUUAAUUAAAUGACGGAUAGCUUUUAUAAAACUUUAAGAAUAAACUAUUUUAAUAAAUUUAAAAGCUAAAAUAUUCAAAAUCUUAAAAAACAUAUUUAGAGCAGCUUGAUAAAUAAAAUGCCUGAUUCUUUUAUUCCAUUAGACAAAGGUGAUUUGAGUUUAUACCAAAAAAAAGAAAAAUGUGAUUUUGAACAAUAAAAAGACUAGUUUAUAAAGUGGUUUAACCAAGAAAUGUACAAAGAUAGAUAAUUUUAAAGAAUUUAAAGUCAGAUAUAAAGAAAACAAAAAGAGUUAAACAAGUAAGAAAAACCCUAAGAAAAUUUUGAUUAGAUUAUAUUCUCCAAAACUUAGGAAGGAUUUAACAACAGUAGAAUUCACAGUAAAGAGACCAUGAAUACAACAAGUUUAAGAUAAAAAAAUAGAAAUGUCUUUAACAUUCAAGUAUAAACUUAGUUUACAGAAGAAAAUUUUUAAUCUAAUUUAGAUACUUCGGGAACAAGGAAACCUAGUCUCCAAAAAACAAAAUCUGAAAGCAGUUAAAUGUAGGUUAAACCCUAUAAAUCUGCAUUAGUUAGUAGAGAGUCAUCUUAAGAAAUUACCUCUCCAUCAAGCGCCUUCAAAAAAUUAAGCAUAAAAAAAGAAUAAGAAAGUAAUCCCUUUAAGGCUAAUUCCAUUUAGAGUGUUUACUAAAAACAUUUAAUUAAAUAAGAUUAUAAAGUCAAAAAUAAAAAUAGUACUGAUGGUUUCUAAACUGAAAGAAUGGUACAAGUACUUAAAAGUAACUGCUUAAAAAAUACUUUUGCUAAAACUGAUUACGAUUUCUUCUUAAAUAAAGAAUGUCACAUUAGCUCUGAUAAUAGAUAAAUUUUCAAACCUAGGAUGUAAGAGCUUAAAAAAUUUAAGAAACCAUAGUCUUAAAAUAGCUUACGUCAAUUAUAUCAGCAAAACAACUCAAUACUUUAAAUCGAUACUUCAUUAAAUUAAAAAGUUCAAAAAGAAUCCUCUAAAACAUAAGAAAGUUAUUCCUAAAAGCUUAGUAAUAUGCUCACUUAUUCAAAAUCUCCAGUCUCUCUAAAAAGCUUUUAAAAUUUAAGUGUCAAAAAUUAAUAAAUAAAGCUCAUAAACCCAAACUAUUAUAAUUAAAAUACUUAAAAUACUAACAACUCUACUUUAAGCUAAGAAUAUAACUCAUUUAACUUUUUUAAAAAGAGUUGCGAAAGGAAAAUUUUAAGUAAGUUCGAAUAAGAAAUCUUUGAUCCCUAUAAGAUGUCAUAAAAUAAAAAUAUUGCUUGA